AUGGGCAACGCAACCUCUGAAACUACUGUACCAUCUAUCGCCAUUCCUCCAGCUCCCCUCGUAGAAGCACAGCUAGAAGGGAAAUUGUUACCCCUAACAUCAUGGGAGUACAAGCAAUACAACCAACUCGCCAUCAAGAUGGACUACUUUCACAACAUAUUCUGCGACUCGUGGCGCACAAUGCAGACGGCGUGCCAGAACCGCGCCCCCUUCCCACCACAAACCUCGCUAUCCUCCUUCCUCGACGUAGCACUGCACUUCUGCACUCACCUCAAAGGCCACCACGUCCUCGAAGAAACCUAG